GCAAGGAGCAGGGGAGAGAGAGGAGGGGUCGCAGCAGGAGGAGAACCGAAAACCUGCAGGUUUGUUGAGCCUGUGGGGAUGAGGACGUGGAGGGACGUAACGCAUCCGAGGUGUUAGUGUGAUUAGAGGAGAGGGAGCUGGAAGAGGCCAGCCAUUAAAGCAAAGCUUGUUUCCAGUCCAAGGAGGCGGUGAUGGCGGGCAAAGACACCGGGGUCCUCACACUCCGUCAGCCGACCGCAGCCCUGUCAGAAGACGCAGCGGCAUGAGGAGGAGGAGAUUAGAGGGAGGAAACACAGAGGAGGGGACCCUUCUCAUAUCCUGAAGGAGACGAGACAUAGAGCAUGAUCUUGUGUUUGUCUACUGUGCCAAAGAAGCGCCAGGGAGAAGCCUCCAUGGCUUAAGAUUCAUCGGCUUCCUCGCUCCAUCAGGAGCCCUUUUAACCCUUCUCCGAGCUGUACUGAGAGGCUCAAACGUUCCCCUGACUCCACCAGGAGGCUCACUCCAACCCAUCUGCCAGCUCAGAUAACCCUCUGACUGUUGGCAACCACAUGUUUGAGGUGACUGUAUCUGACUGCCGCCGCCACCCAUUCUCGAGCAGCAGCAGCCUCCUACGACCCCGGUCUGCAUCAUGCAGUGGAGACGGCGGCACUGCUGUCCCAUCAAGAUGACCUGGACCAUCAAGCGUUCCCUCUUCCGGACCCAUGUGGCCGGCCUCUCCCUGGCUUUAUUCUUUUCCCUCCUCUUAUUUUUCAGCCACCAAGACUGGCUGCCCGGACAGAAUGGGCCCUGGGAAAACCCGCUCACCUACACCGUCAGGGGCAUCCGUGGCCCCAAGGGAGAAGCCAACCAGAGCAACUCCCUGAGGAGCCUGUGGAGGGAGACGGUCAAUGUAGCCCCAAAGCCGCUGCUCAACCUCAGCUCUCAGCAGGCGGAUGGGGCAGUGGGGGAGGCAGCAGGAGGAGGUGGUGGAGGAGGAGCCAGGAUGGGCGUAAUGGGGCUUGGGGACUCCAUGAGCACUAACAACAGUUUACAGAUGGAGAUGGGCGUGGGAGGGAGACUCAGCGCUCAGCCCUACCCCUACAUCUUGAACGAGCCCUUCAAGUGCAGGGACAGCACUCCCUUCCUCAUCCUUCUAAUCACUGUAGAACGCGGCAAGGUCGAUGCCCGGAACGCCAUCCGCCAGACAUGGGGCAAUGAGAGCACAGCACAGGGUCUGGGGCUUGUCCGCCUUUUCCUGCUUGGCACAGGGAAGUACACAGACACCUUCCAGCAGAGCAUCAUAGAGGACGAGAGCCGUGUUUACCACGAUAUCAUCCAACAGGACUAUCAGGACACUUAUUAUAACCUGACCAUCAAAACCCUGAUGGGCAUGUACUGGGUGGCCACCUAUUGUCCACAUGCCUCCUACGUGAUGAAGACAGACAGCGACAUGUUUGUCAAUACUGAGUAUCUCAUCCAAAAGCUGCUGAAGCCUGAGCUGCCUCCCAAGCAGAAGUACUUCACUGGCUUCCUGAUGAGGGGCUACUCACCAAACCGAAACAAGGACAGCAAGUGGUACAUGUCUCCAGAGCUGUACCCAAGCGAGCGCUACCCGACAUUUUGCUCAGGCACGGGAUACGUGUUCUCAGGAGACUUGGCCGAGUUGAUCUACCAGGCUUCUCUCAGCAUACGCAGGCUGAACCUAGAGGACGUUUACGUGGGGAUCUGCCUGGCGAAGCUGCGCAUUGACCCAGUGCCCCCUCCCAAUGAGUUCCUCUUCAACCAUUGGCGGGUGUCUUACUCCAUCUGUAAGUACAGCCACCUGAUCACAUCCCAUCAGUUCCCCCCUAAUGACCUCAUCAAGUUCUGGAACCACUUGCAAAACAACAAGCACAAGGCCUGUAUCUACAUGAACAAGGAUAAAAGCAGGUACAUACACCGAAGGUUUCACAGAGCGAGGCCUCCUUGACGCAUACUGUGACGACCACCCGCCUCAAAAAAGGGAGAUGGGUGCACUGUAACUACAGCCGACAGAGGGCAUGUUGAACUCAGCACUAUACACUAUAUGGGCAAAAGCACAUUGUUUUUGGUAUUGUGUACAGUUGAUGAUUCAAACUAUUUUUGUUAAUUUGAGAAAAAAAUGUUAAGUAUUGUAAACUUGUUGAGCUAUUUCUGAAAGGGAAAUUGGGGGAUGUGUGUUAUGGAGCAUGCAUAAAAAGUGCUGCUGCUCAGGACUGGUGUUUCUGAUGAUUCAGGUGCCAACAGAAAGCUACUGAUAACAUGAGGGCUUUCCUCUAAAGGGUAGUACAGUAUGUUGCACUCUACAACUCUAAAAAAAAAAAAUUGACACAAUGUGUGUUUACACAGAUAAAGGGAAAUGCACAUGUAUUAUGUUGACAGUUACACUACCUAAAUAUGAAUGAAAGUAUCUUUGACCGUUGACCAGUUAUGCUGCCCUGUUUCUCAGUGUUUACUUUACAGAUUUAUCAAAGAAUAAAACUCUAAAAAGAUGGUUUAUCUCUCAUCUACUGUAUUUUCCUUUAAAGAAUCAACAUUAAUGCACUCAGAAUCAUGUCAGAGAUGACUGAGAUUGUAUUUUUUAAAGCUUUACAUCGAGUAUGA